AUGAUCAUCUUGGGUUUUAGCACUGGUGGUGUAAAGAGCAAUGUUAGUCCACUGAUGGCUGAACAAUAUACCAGAACAAAACCAAUUGUUAAAGAAGUCAGAGGCGAAAAGAAAAUUAUCGAUCCGAAAAUAACAGUGCAGUCAAUGUUCAAUUGGUUCUAUUGGGCCAUUAAUUUAGGUGCACUAUCAUCGGUCAUUACCACUAAUAUCGAAAAAUAUCAUUCGUUUUGGCUCGCCUAUCUUAUACCGAUGGUUGUAUUCACCGGUUCCAUCGCUGUUCUACUUGUUGGUCGUCAUCGGUAUACUCGAAAAGCUCCAAGUGGUUCAUUGAUUAUUCGUGUGUUUCAUGUGACAAUAAGAGCUAUUCAAAUGCGAUGGGGGCUGGGUAAACAAAAUAGUUGCCAACAUUUUUUGGAUUACGCAAAAGACAAUCUAUCGCCGAUUGUUAAUGAUGACAAUCAGCCGGUGAUGGAAUCAAAUAACAACCAAUUUAUUGAAGAUCUCAAGCAAGCAUUGAGUGCUUGUCGUGUCUUUGCUUUCUAUCCAUUUUAUUGGAUUUGUUAUAAUCAAUUGGUGAAUAAUCUGAUAUCGCAAGCUGCACAAAUGAAUGUUGGUCCUCUACCCAAUGAUGUCUUACAAAAUAUUGAUCCGAUUGUUCUGCUUAUUUUCAUUCCGGUCUUUGACAUACUAAUCUAUCCUGCUUUGCGACGAUAUAUUGAAGAAAGAUUUUCAGCAUUGGAUAGAGCUUGUCGAGUUCUACUUGGAACAUAUGAAACUAGUAUUGGAAUAUGUUCCUAG